GAUAUAUAUCUCUGGAUAAGAGAUAAAACACGUCCUUAGGUGUGGAAUAUAAAAGCAGAGUGGGUAUCUUCACGAUUUCUUUAAAUCUUUACAAAGUGUGGUUUUGUUUUUUUUUCUUUAUGGCUCUAUUUGACAGUUAGGUCAGUUUAAACCUGGAGUAUUGCCAAAAGCCAUCAUCUUGUUGGCAUCUUCCCUUGUGCUGCUGGCAUUAGGGAUCAUUGUGCUAGAAGGUGAUCCAGCUGGAAGACACAAGUACACUGCCUGUUGUUCAUCUGAGUAGCUUUCAUCUGUGUGUUUCCUGAUCCAAGAUGCUGUAUGGCCCCAGGGUUGGAGAUGCUUGGGAAGGAGUGUCUGGAGGGACUUCAAGAUGACAGGAAGAGAGUUUCUUGAACUAGAUUCUCUGCAGCACAGACUACAUUUAGAAAGAUUUAAGAGGAUGGAAGUCAUACAAAAGAUAUUCAGUGACCUUCCUAAAGAAGAUCAGAACCUUUGUAAUCAUGGAUCCUACUUCCUUGCAGCAAAUUCAAGCAUAUGUGGCAUAGUGGCAAAUAACUUCUUCAGGAACAUCCUGCAUGUCAGAAGAGCUUCUAUAGUGUCUGCUCUGCCAAUGACUGUUAUUCCGUUUCUUUCAACAGCAGCCGUUUAUGAGGCUUUUGUGCGUGAGCCUUUAUUUUCAGGCGAUCUGAACUGUGAGGUCUGUGCUGUGGUCAGAGGAGGAUUAACAGGGGCUGUUGUGGGUGGUCUCUAUCCUGUUUUGGUGGCUAUCCCACUGAACGCAAGCCUUGCAGCCAGGUAUUCUUCAUCGCCCCUGCCAGGGAAAGAAAAUCUAUUACGCUUCUGGCUCAGAACUUCUCAGCCUGUCUUUAGAAAGAUGAGUUUGGGUGUACUUGUACAGCUUCUAACUGGAUUAUAUCUUGCCACUAAACAUCAUGGAAUAUAUGUCAAAAUACUGCAGCAGAUGAACACUAGUAGGGAUCCUGAAAAGUUACAAGCAUGAAGUUAAGCAACUUUUCAGUUGCCUUGGAUAAGUAACCAUAAUAAAUGAAGAAGUUGUUGUUUCCUGUCUUUGUUUUUCUAUUAAAAAAAGUUGAGACUUUGCACUGGCAUUCUUUUCAGUUCUGAACUUAAGUACAACUUUAUUUUUUUCAUUAUGUCCAGCUUAGUGGAUACACCUGAAUAAACAGCUUUCUAAGGACAGGUGAUUUUCUUUGGAAAUAGGGGAAAAAAAAGCAUUUGUAGUGCCUGCUUAGUGGUUGGCUCUAAGGUGAUGCUAACUCUUUUUAAAGCUGUAUGAGUAUUAUUGAAAAAGGUUUCCUUCAUAAUUUCUUCAAAUAGUUUCAUCAUGUUUUAUCUACUUUUUCCUAACAAAUUUGUUGUUACAGCCAGAAAAUCAUGCACUGUAUUUCUCUAACUGGUAGCGGCCUGAUUUGUACAGGGAAGCAGCAAAGCCUGACUGUCUCUGCAGGGGUUGCUAUGUAAAGUUAGUUUUCCUUAAUCCAAAGUAUUACUGUAUUGUCUGGUGUUCCGAUACUGUCUGCAUCUUAACAGACAUCCUGGCCUUACCUUCAUCACUCCCCCUUUAGAGAUUCUCACGGAGCAAGUAUUUUAGCAGACAGUGAAUUAUGGUGUCUCCAGAAGUCAUCAGACUUUAACCACCAGAACCACUUACCUGUGAUAAUCAAAACAUAAACUAAAGCCAUUGCUUUGCAACAGUAUCUAAGAAUGAAAAUGAAUGGCUUGGCGACCACUGCAGGCAUUUAACAAGAUACACUUAAGAUACUGUAAACAGAUCUUGGUGCUUUUUGAAGUGUGAGAUUCAAACCCAUCUUCCAUUCCAUGUACCAUUUUCCUAUCAAUUCAACUGUAACAAACACCGUGCAAACACUGCCUCCCCAUCUGAAAAUUUGAGUUGUAUCCUUUCUUCUACCACUGUAAUAGAAACAAACCAGUCACAGAUGACUUAUCACAGCAAUAACUUACUGCAUUCUUAGAAUGCAUGUGUCUAAUAUAUAACCUCUAGCGCUGGACUUUUGACUACUCAAAGUCUGAACUACUGCCAGAAGAAAUCUGAGAGACUGGCUUUCGGUAAGAAUCAACAGACGACAUACUAAAACACUAUUUUUUUUUAUCUUCUGUAUGUACCAUUUUUGAUGCUGAAUCUCAACAUUACAAUCUAUUCCACAGCCCCCUGCAAAUGACACCCCUAUCUCCCCUGUACCCACCCCUGUCCAGCUCCUGGCAUCUUCCUGCUAAUAAGCAAAAGCAGAAUUGGUUUUCCAAAUCUGUAUAUCCCACUUCAUCUGGGGGAAAAACUCUGGAAUCAGCUACUGUCAAUGUGCAGUUUUACACCAAGUGUUCUUUAAACACACAGCCCAUUUGAACAACUCCCAUACCUAACAUAUCCUUCAGACAUUUACAGUCUAAUAGCAAAUGCAAACCUAUAAACAGAAUAUUGCUGGGUCUAGCAGAAAAUCUCUUAAUUACAAGCUGUAGAGAAUGUAAGUUUUAAAAAUCAGUAAAUUUAUAAAAGGCCUUUGUGUUUUGCAAAAGAUCUCUGUUUCACAGGGAAAACUGAUCACAGUUUUGACAAGUGGCAUGAGAAAUCUGAUAAUCUGGAAGUACCAAGAGAUGCUGUGUUGGAAUACAGUUCCCUACAUUUACUUUGAUAUCAUCCCUCCAGGCAGCCAGAAAUUGCAGAAACACAGAUUUGUUUUUUCCUCCCAGAUGCUGCUAAGCUCUUCAGAGGAAAGACAGAGAAGUUAAUUUAGAAUGCUACUAAGAGUCACAGCACUGGAAUCAAACUGAAAAGGACUAACACAGAACUGAGCAUUGCACUGUUUCUUAUUUAAAUGCUAAAUGGUCUUCAAGCGGCUGUGGGGUGGAGAAAUACUGGAAAAUGAAGGUAGCAUAGCCGUGUAGUUUAACGCUGAUGGCACCUGGUUCUGUGGUACGUGAAGUUUAACAAACACAAGGUCCAAUGCUGAACAGGUUAUUUUCUACGACUAGAGUCCAAAAAGGCAGAGCAUGCCAGUAUGCUUUUAAAUUUUUAAACCAUGUUUUUCUGUGAAAUGUUCCUUUUUGUUCCUUUUUGUUCCUUUUUAUCAAGCUGCAGACUACUUUCCAUAGAAUGCCUGGAUGCCAGAAAACCAGCAGGCUCUUUUAAAGUGCUCUCUACAAAUAAAGCAUUUAAGAUUAACAGAAAUCAAAGAGUACAGUGCAUGGCUCACUCUGGAGCUUAAAAACGUCUCCUUUCACCAUCCUCAAACCUUUUGUUACACUCACUCCAGUGUUUAGCGUGGAAAUAACAAUUUGAUGAAAGAUUAUGGUUUAACAGCAUAUUGUUAACCAGCCAUCAAACUUCAGAACCUAAAAAUGCGACAGAAAGGAGAAAGAUGCCAAUACAUCAUGGAAACAUUUAGGUAAGUAUUCUACUUGUCCAUGGUUUAGUGAUCAAACACAUCCACAUUAAUAAAAUAUGAAGAGAAAAAACAGGUGUAAAACUCAAGGAGUGGUUAUUCUCAGAAAUACAACUUUAUCUUUGGUUAAGGACUAAUGCCUUUGUUUUGUCCUCACCACAAAAUGAACUUGAAAGACCAACGAAUAAGAACAUUUCUCCUGCAUACCCUGAUCCAUUUUGUCUUCCAGCAGAUGACCCACACAGAUAGCAUCAACAGCCUUUUUCCCUUUCUGUUUUCCCAUUUUGUGUAAUGAACCACUCAAAGCAAGGCAUUAGUGAAAAGAAAAAGAUGAAAAAACAUUUGAGCCCAUAAACUGAAAGAUCAACAAGUCUGAUUUUAUUAUGAUAUUGUAUUCUUAUCUGGAUGGCACAUAAUUACAAAGAAACAUUUACAAUAUAUUUUCAAGUAUUAAGUUAUGUCAUUUCAAGGCUUCCACUUCAAAAAAGCUACAUUAAUAAUACACCAUACAAAUAGUACAGUCGGUUAGAGUUUCAAAUAACUUCCUCCCCUCUAUUUGGUUUAAAUAUGAUUCAGUAGGCACUAGAAAUGCCUGCAGCCACUUACUUUCUUGGGACUUGACCUUGUUCUUGUACCGGUAUACAUAAUUUUGCAUGUCAGAAAAUCAGCUAUUCUCAGACACAGCUCACAGGUAGUUUCAGGACUAGAGCGAUGUGCAGGUUCACAACAGAGACCAGAACUAUGUCCCUGACCCCUACCGCUUAGCAGUGAUGCAAAAUGAAAGAAUGCAUAUUUAAGUUAACUUAAAAAACACCUCUACACUGAAGUAACUCUAAAAAUGCCAUUGUAACAUCCCAUACUUGCUACAUUAGCGUUUCUCUUCUCAUCAAGCGUGUUAAACUUCAAAAUAAACCAUGUUUGUGAAGUCUGAGCUAGGAAGAUUGAGUCUAGGUUGAAUCUAACUCAAUUAUUUCCAUUUUGUGUAUCAGUCAGUACGGGUCUUGAUCAUUAACUCUGAUUCCUGUGGCCCUGGUAUAACCCAUCAAUUACAGCAGGGUUACACAAUUUAAGACUAAAACUUUGAACAGUCCUGGUCACCACAGGGGUGUAAGGUAACGCAUAUCCCACUGAAUCUCUUUUGUGCUGGCAAUAUACCCUGAACAGAUGGAAUUCUGAAUACAGUGGAGUAAAACCUGUUUGAUAUGAUACUGUUUUUUAAAAAAACCAUCUUGAGUGACAGUAAAUGAUCCCAGCAUUCAACCUUUUUUUUUUUUUUUUUUUAACCAAA